UCUAUGAGGAAGGCAGUACAACUGCAAGAGAAGAUAUAGAACAUUUCUGCAUGAGAUGUGAGUGCUUCACCUCUAAUAAGAAGAUUUUCUGGAAUUCUAACAAAAUUAAGGAUUACACAUUCUACGAGGAAUUCCCCUUAUAUAUUUCCAGCAACAGAAGGAACAGCUGUCUUAAAAUGCAUCAAGGAAAGACACUUCCUGGUAUCAGAUGGCAAGUAAUGAUUUCAUUAUUUUCCUGGUUAUGUCAUUCAGUCUCUGCUCAGAUUCAUUAUUCCAUUGUAGAAGAAAUGAGGAAAGGUUCAGUUGUUGGUGAUUUAGUGAAAGAUCUUGGAAUGAGUGUGAAGGAUGUCACAGCAAGAAAAAUCCGUAUAGUGUCUGGUGUUUCUGAAAAAUAUUUCAGUAUCAAUCUGGAGAGUGGAGACCUUUUUAUUACAGAGAGGAUAGACAGAGAUACAUUGUGUGGGGCUGCAGCUGAUUGUGUCCUGACCUUUGAUGCUGUAGUUGAGAAUCCUUUAAAUGUGUUUAAUGUCAAGAUUGAAAUUCAAGAUAUAAAUGACAAUCCACCAAGAUUUCUCGAUGAAUCAAUUAGGCUAGAAAUAAGUGAAUCUGCUUCACCAGGAGCAAAGUUUGUUUUGCAGAAAGCUGAAGAUUUGGAUAUAGGAAUUAAUGCACUCAAAAGCUACAGACUCAGUUCAAAUGAACAUUUUGUCUUAGGAGAAAGGAUCAGCUCUGAUGGCAGUAUAUUUCCUGAACUAGUUCUAGAAAAGCCUCUAGAUCGAGAGACACAGAAUUACCAUGAACUAAUUCUAUCAGCUGUCGAUGGAGGAAAACCUGUACAAACAGGCACUGCACUAAUUAAGAUUGCCAUCACUGAUUUUAAUGAUAAUACACCUAUAUUUGCCCAAGAUUUAUAUAAAAUAAGUGUUAAGGAAAAUACAGCAUGGAAUUCAACAGUUCUAAAGGUCAGGGCAACUGAUGAAGAUGAAGGUGUGAAUGCACAGAUUACAUAUUCAUUUAGUACUUUGGCAAAUAACAUUCUCCAGAUGUUUACAAUUAAUCGCAAGACUGGAGACAUUACAACAAAGGGUCAUUUAGAUUAUGAAAUGAAAAAACAUUAUGAUAUAUCUGUAAAAGCUAUGGAUGGUGGGGGCCUGGCUGCCCAUGCCAAAGUUUUAUUAGAGAUAUUGGAUGAGAAUGACAAUGUUCCUGAGAUAUCCCUUACCUCCCUGUCUUCUCCCAUUCCUGAAGACACAUCACAUGGAACUGUGGUGGCACUGAUUGAAGUUCGUGAUAAAGACUCAGGAGAAAAUGGAGAAGUUCAGUGUCAAAUUAUUGGGGAUAUUCCAUUUCAGUUAGUGUCAUCAGCAAAUAACUUUUAUAAAAUUGUUACAAAAGAUGCUCUGGACAGAGAAAAAAUGCCAUCCUAUAACAUCACCAUUCAAGCAUCUGACAAGGGUUCACCUUCUAUGUCUUCUGUAAAAGUCAUCUAUUUGGACGUGGCGGAUGUUAAUGACAAUGCACCUGUUUUUGAGAAGCAGACAUACACUGCAUUUGUUCCAGAAAAUAAUUUACCAGGAGCUUCCAUAUUCCAUAUUCAAGCAAAAGAUAUUGACAGUGAGGAAAAUGCAAAACUGACUUACUGUGUAGUAAGUAAUGGCAAAGAUCCCAUAUCCUUGUACAUAUCUAUUAAUCCAGUGACUGGAGUCAUUUACGCACAAAAGUCAUAUGAUUAUGAGCAGCACAGAGAAUUUAACAUUCAAGUCAUUGCUAAAGACAAUGGUUCUCCAUCACUGAACAGCAGCACAACUCUAAAAAUUCAUGUGGUAGACCAGAAUGAUAACCCACCAGUCAUCUUAUACCCACCAACAGACAGUGAUCGCCCUGUCUUUGAGAUGGUAUCUUGGUCCUCUGAACAAGGUUCCUUAGUAUCUAAAGUUGUUGCAGUGGAUGCAGAUUCUGGACACAAUGCUUGGUUAUCUUAUUUUUUGCAAGCUUCUGAGCCAUCACUUUUUACCAUUGAUCAGCACACUGGGGAGAUCAAAACAUCAAAAGUCUUUAAUGAUGGAGAUUCGUUAAAGCAUAUAGUUGUGGUCAUAGUAAAAGACAAUGGUCACCCACCCCUCUCUGCUUCUGUGACUCUAAACCUGAUGAUUGCUGAUAAUUUUCAGCAGAUAAUUCCUGAAAUGAACAAACAGCCAAGCAAACUAGACUCUCAGUCAAACUUACAAAUGUACUUGGUAAUUGCCUUGGCAUUGAUUUCUUUUUUGUUUUUAUUGACUUUGAUAGUUGCUGUCGUCUCCAAAUGCAGAGAGUCCAAAUCUUUGCCUUCGUUGGGACCCGUGAAUACGCACCUAUACCACACUGUAGAUCCCAGAUUCCUUUCCCAGUUUAACAAUGGAACAUUACAGCUGCCAUACACAUACAAUGUUUUUCCAACUCUGGAUUCAAUGGAAAAGGAAUUUGCUUUGCUAAAAACUCAGAAGAAUGUUCCGGUUGUUCCUGUAGAUAGACUAAUUGAUGCUGAUGAUUCAGGAAUAGGUCGUGAUAGUAGCAUUGUUCAAAUAUACAAAAGUUUCAAAGUUUAA